AUGACGAGUUCGACAUUACCACUGUUAAGGCCCUACGAUAAGAAGUCAGUGAACCAGCAGCCAAAGAUUACAAAGAGGGGGGCUGCGGGGGUUCCUGGUGCCAGGGGGGCCGAGGGGAGGACGGGUGCAGACGGGCACCCAGGACACGAGGGCAUCCGGGGCGUCCCGGGGCAGGACGGGUCGCCAGGGCAACCAGGAGUCAACGGCUACCCGGGGACUCCAGGAAAGGGACCAUCAGAUGAGCAGUUAAUGAAGCUCUGCGCCAACGUGAUCCAAGCUCAGUUCUCUCAGCUCCUCCAGCUGGUCACUCCGUCCGGAGGUUGUCAGUGUGAAGGUUCUGCCGGACCCCCGGGAACGCCGGGGGCCCCCGGCCUGGAGGGGGGGCGCGGACCCCAAGGGCACCCGGGCCAGGACGGGCCCCGGGGCCACUCGGGGAUGCCAGGGCAUCGGGGCCCCCGAGGAUCUAAAGGCGGCGCUGGACCAAUCGGGAUGAAGGGCGCCAGAGGAGAGGGGAGUGUUGGACCGCCGGGAGAGAUGGGACCUGCAGGUGUCCAGGGGCCGCGGGGCCAGGACGGCGUGGGGUCCCGGGGGCCACCAGGGGAGCCCGGGAAGCCUGGAGGCCACGGCGUCCCCGGGAAGAGGGGCCCGCCGGGGGCCCAGGGAGGCUGCGACAUGGCCUCCUGCUACCAGGCCUACAGCCAGCUGCGGCAGGAGCACUACGGCAAGGGGCCGUACCACUAGCGUGGUCCCCCCACCCCCCCCCCCCUCAAACAAUUAACAUCUCCGCAAAGCCUUUGUCCUAAGAGGGGGUUACCAGAUCCUUAUGAGACACGCUGCUCAAGUCAAUCAAGUCCCUCUUAAUUGCAUCGCGGCGCUGUGUCAUAAGAUGUGGGGCCCUUUGAAGCCCACCUGGGUGGGCUUCAAAGGGCCCCACAUCUUAUGACAGUGCCCAUCGCUACAACCACCUGCAGGGCAAGGGAGAGCUCCCCAUGACCCCGGGGAAGAACAGAUGAGCUGUGUGUGUGGAGAGAAGCGCACCAGGGCAGGGCUUUAGCAGGUUCAGCAGCAGUCCGUCCUCAAGGUCAGUGGUUCCCAAACCACUCACCCCUGAAAUGAUUUAGGGCCAAAAAAAACCUUGUCUCAACCGACCUACACUCAGGACGUUCACACACACACACACACACACACACACACACACACACACACGCACACACGCAUACAUUAUUGUGUCUCAUUGUGUCUUUUUGGUGGUCCUUGUUUUACCACCGAGCACAAGCCAGCGCUCGGUGUUCUUGACUCUGAUGAUGCAGAGAGAGACGCAAUAGGGAAGGACGGAGAUAUUCCUGUUAGAAGGGCUCAUUUCUUGAACCUUUAAACUCUUUGUGUCGUGCAUGUUGGUGCUAAGAUUCUUGAUACCUCACUGUUUUCUUCUGCUUUUUUGUCCUUUUUUUGGGCAUGAAGCUAUGAUUAGCUUAUAACUGUUAACGAGGUUACAAAUCUGGUGCGUGUGUGUGCGUGUGCGUGUGUGUGCGUGCGUGCGUGCGUGCGUGCGU